AUGUCUGUCACACAUUGUCUCUUCUUGAAAUUCAAGCCCGAUAGCGAGGUGACUAGAGAGGCCAAGGCAAAGACUUUCCUUGAUUUGCUGGGUUUGAAGGAGAACUGCGUCCAUCCCGACACGGGUAAACCAUAUAUGUUGUCCAUUAAAGGCGGAAUUGAUAACUCCGUCGAAGAGGGAGGAAACAAAGGUAUGACACAUGGAUUUGUCAUGGAGUUUGCGAGUCAAAAGGAUCGGAAUUACUACAUCCAUGACGAUCCGCAUCACCUGCGUCUCGAGAGUCAGAUAAGAGCCCUCAUGGAAGAUGGGGUAGCCGUUGACUUUACCCCAACUAUUUUCUACGACUGGGCUUCGCCGGAUACCAAUGGGGCAAAAGCCAAUGGCAAAAAGUGA